CUGUCCGCCAACCAAAAACCCCAGUCCUCCGUCUCGCUCUCCGUCGCCGUUCGCCAUUCCCCAAGCUCUGCGGAUGGGCGCCGCCGCGUCCUCUGCGCGGGAGACGGCGGGGGUAGGCUCCAGGGACGAGGAGCAGGAGUGCCGCAUCUGCCGCCACCCCGCCGAGCCGGAGCGCCCGCUGCGUCACCCCUGCGCCUGCCGCGGCACCAUCCGCUUCAUGAUGAUGCUUUUUGAUGCACUCCAUCGUUUCGAACCAUUUCAGGUGUGCAACCACGGCAUCUCCGCCCGACUUCUGUACGCCACGGACGCACCUGCGAGGCUGCCCAUUUCUGAGUUCAUAGUGGGCUUGCCGGACAGGCUCACUGGUCUGCUGCUCCCACUCAUCUUCGCUGUCUGCGUCGUGCCGGAAUUCACCAUUCACAUCGGGACCCUCUGGUCAUGGCGCCUCGCGCUUGCUAGGUCCUUUGAUGAAGCACACUAUCUGCUCUCACUCCGCCUCUCUACCGCCUCCGUCCUCGGUUUGUUCGCGCUCUGGGUUGCAUUUGCAUAUGAGUAUAUGCCGUUUGCUGUAGCUCCAUUUUUCCACUGGGUUGCAUGCCUGGAAGCUCGGCGUCAGGGGUUUGGAGGAUUUGAUGGCUCGCAAAUCCUUGCGCUAUUUGCCGUUGAAGCGUUCUUGGUGGUGGUGAUGUUCGACCUGGCCCUUGCUUGUGUUUUGGUGUUUCUCCCGUUCUCUUUGGGAAGGAUCGUCUUAUGGUGCAUAUUGUGUUCCGAUUCUUGCAAUGUGGGUGAAGUCAACUCCUACACUUCGACAGCUUCUGUCCUUCUAAUUGGAUACGGGUUUAUCAUUUCUGUGGGUGUAAUUUAUGCUGGGCUGUACAUUUUUGGCCAAUACUUGAGGGGGAAGCGCCUUGUGAUCGCAGCUUUCAUUACAAGUCUGUCUGGUAUAUUCCUCACAGGGAUUACAUGUUUUACCAGUGUUGCCAGUUUUUGUCUUAAUACCCUGCACGGACUUAUAAUAUACCCGCUCUUCUUUGGCUGGUCGCUUGAUAUCUGCACUUCAAAAAUGUUCGGUGCAACAAUGUCUCAAAGGUUGGAACUUAUGUUUGCUGCAUCUUUUGCUUCAACUGCUCUUCAUUGUCUUAUUGGAUUCGAAUUUUUGUAUCUACACGGCUUAUGGUCCACACUUCUUCACAAGAUAUUCAGGCCAGGAGUUGCCGUUCCCACUUUCGACUAUGAUAUUAACAUUGACGAACCAUUCUACAAAUUUUAUUUCAACAAGCCUCAUCAUCUUCUGCAUGGCAUUCUCUAUAUGGCUGCGGUUAUUUUUGUUCCUGUUCAAAUUGCUGAUCGUCUGGCACCGGAGUUGUUCCCAUUAAAUAUCACAGAUGGUUAUUUGACUGUUAGGCCUGGCUAUCUGCUUGCUUUGGUUGUUGGAUUCGGCGUCGUAGUAACUACUAUUGGUGCCUCUAGAGAUGCAUUUGCCUACAUGACUAAAGGGAGAACGCACCUUCGAAAUUUGAGCCAAGCUCUGAUUGUGUUCUUAUGGUUGGCCAUCGUUCCUUUCUUGAUCGGGUCGCUGGUUGAUUUAUUGCUAAUACCAUCACCCACUGGGCCUGAUGAUGAAGUUUCGCUUUUCUACACUUGGUUCCUGGGAUUUCGAUCUCUGAGAAUCUGGGUGAAGCUGGCCCAUGAGACAAGGGACACACCUUUCCUUGCCUAUUUCAUCGAUGAAAGGUGGAGUCCAAAGAUCGUUCGGUUCGCUGCGGGUUCUCGUUCAGGGAAGGUACGGCUGCGAUUUUUCCUCCGAGAACUAUUCAUGCCUAUCGCCACGAGGCUGCUCCCUGCUCUGUGCAUUCCUUAUGUGCUUGCCAAGGGCGUCUUCCCAAGAUUCGGCUACUCUGCCGCCAUGAACUCAGCAGUCUACCGCUUCGCGUGGCUGGGUACCCUCGGCCCUUGUGCGCUCUGCUAUAUCUCCAAGCUGUUGUGCACGAAACUCCAUGAUUCGAUCAGGGAUGAGCGCUACGUCAUCGGGCAGAGGCAGGGAAGACGUCGCCGAAGGUAG